AGCGGUGAACACUUUGCAGCGUUUAGUCGCUAGUUAACCGUGCUCGUUCCGCGGUAUUCGUUUCCUCCGUGCUCCUCGACGCGUAUAUAUUCCCCCUCCCCCCAUUUCGUCUCUUCUCGGGUUUACGGUUCGCAGUUCGGAGGUGAGGAUUUUAAGAAAGAGGAGAAGAAGCGUGGGAAAAGUGUGGAAGAAAAUGGACGAUGGAUCCGUGCGGUGCGAUUCGACCGCGAUGAACGAGAAGGUAUAGGAGGGGGGAGAGAGAGAGUAUGGGAUACUUGUUUUUUCCUUCCUUCGUUUUUUUCUCUUCUUCUUUUCCUCGCGCGAAUAAUACCUUGGAGCAAACACGGACAGUUGGUGGAUGAACAAUUGGUGAAAGAAACGCGCGAUGAUGAAAAUGAUGUCGUAGGAGGUCGUAGAAUUUUUUUCUUUUCCAACCAAGGGGAAAAGUUGGUAUUAUAAAGGGAAGUGAUAUGUGUGAUAUAUACAUAUGUGGAGGGAAAUAGGUUUACAGGAGACUGUAAAUACAUAAUAUAAAUCGAUCGGAAUUUUCAGAUCGUGAAAAAAUUAUAAUUACACCGAUCGAGAAUAUUUCAAUUUACCAUUUGGCUUAACGUGAACGUCGUCCCACUCGAUUAUUCGUUUAGAAGAAUAAACGAAACACGAGCAAAUUUUUACUUCGUUAACCAGUAAAUUGUCCAUCAAGAUCGUCUCUCCAUUUCGUAUUCGUACUACCCCGCCAUUUCCUCGAUCCGUUCGAUCGAAAAAGAAACAGAGCAGGAAGUUGGAAUCGUGGAACGAAGGAAGCUCCGGCCGCGGAACGCGUCGGUGGAUGAUCGGCGCGGCUGGUAAAAGCGGGUCAAGGUGGGAUCGCGAAGGAGGAAGAUCCGGCCGAGGUGUAGGCGCGCCGAUCCCCCCUCCCCUCCCCGCUCCCCACUCCCCACUCGCCGGCUGGAAAAACAAAUCGUCACGCGACGAUCUCGAGCAUCAUCGGGCCGCUAUCGGGCCGCGUGAUCGCUGAUCGAUCGAUCACAUCGGCGGGGGAUCAACGGAGUUUCGAGACUUUCUCGGAGUCAUCGUCACGGGAUCGCUCACGGCGCGCUGUCAACGAUCGAACCGUCGAUCGCCAGUCAAUCGUGGAAACCUGAAACCUCCACGUCCUCUUCCUCUUCAAGUUCUUCUCUUUCCGCCGUGUCUAUUUCGCGUUCGUUUCUUCCUUCUUUCCUUUUCGAAAUUUUCGAAUCUCCUCGGACACUUUGUUCUCUCCAACCCCGAUUUCCACGCGUACAUGGAUUCGAGCCGGCUCGAGAACACGUCGAAUCGCACCACCUGCCUACCACUCCUUCGAGAAAUCCGUCGUUCGAGUUGGAGGUUUUCGCGAAACGAGUGUAACGUUCUUGUGUGACCCGUAAUCGAUCGAUGCCGCGCGAUCGUCGUUUCGACCGUCGAUCUCUGCAUCUUCUGUCUUCGAACGCGAUCCGAUCCGAUCGUUCGCAUCGAGUUUUUCGUCGAUAAAAUCGAUCCUUCUCUCUCUCUCUCUCGCUCGCUCGAAACGAAGAGGAGCCGUGGAAUCGUAAACACGCGAUCUUGGGCAGGUUGUAGCGAACCUCCCCCUGCCCCGAUCCUGUCGGAAGGAAGGAAGGGCGGCGAGAUAUGGAUACGGAGAUGAGCGGAAGGACGAACAGGUCGAGCGAGGAAUUGGCAAAGAGGCGCGUGUCCAUUAGCGAUCAGAUACUCGGCAUGGAUAAUCCGACGUUCGAUCAUCAUCGGCGCAUAAGCGCGAGCUCGGAGCACAACUCGGAUCAGGGACGUGGCAAAUCGAUAUUGCAGCACGGAGGGAGCAGCUACGGCAGCUCGGAGAAUAUACCGCAGCACAAGUUCGAUCUCGAGAACGGGAGGAUCAACGGGAGCAGGAAGAAGUCCGCGUACAGCUUGACCAGCUCCAUCAGGGACAAGAUCGAGUACUCGGAGGAGCUGGAACGGUCGUGGUUGUAUCUGUUUUGCACGCGAUGCCACGGUCGCGACGACACCCCAUCGUGGGAGCCACCCGGUUGGAGGAAAGCCUGCCCCCAACCGUUUUGCCCGAGCUACAGAAAAUUCGCCCGGCUGUUGUGCCUGUUCCUGCUGGGCCUGUUGCUGUGGGGCAUCGUGUACACGAUACUCGGCGAGGACGCCGCCCCGGGCGGCCAGCUUUUCGGCCUCGCCGUCCUCUGCAUCGCGGCCCACUUCGGGGGAUGGCUCUUCUCCUUGACCACCCUCCCCGCCCUGAUCGGUAUGCUCAUCACCGGGAUCGUGAUGCAGAACAUCGGCAUGGUGAGCAUCGACAGAAACUACAACAUCGUCGUCUCCAACUUGCGGAAAAUCGCUCUAGUCAUUAUCCUCACGAGAGCCGGUUUGGAUUUGGAUCCGAACGCCUUGAAGAGAUUGAAGAUCACGGUGCCGAAACUCGGCCUAAUACCGUGGCUGAUCGAGGCGUUUGUCAUAGCCAUACUCACCAAGUAUCUUCUUGACUUGCCCUGGAUAUGGGGCUUUUUCCUGGGAAGUGUGAUAGCCGCCGUUUCCCCGGCUGUUGUGGUGCCUUGCCUCUUCAGGUUACGCGCCAAAGGUUACGGCGUCGCCAAGGGCAUCCCGACUCUGAUCAUCGCCGUGUCUGGAAUCGAUGACGCAGCAUCAGUGGCGAUCCACGGAAUUAUACAGAGCAUUAUGUUCUUCCCUAACGCGAUACUCUGGUACCAAAUCCUGCAGGGACCAAUCGCCAUCGUUGGAGGUCUCGGAUUCGGCGUCCUGUGGGGUUGGCUGGCCAAGUACGUUCCGGAAAAAGGAGAUCCCUUUAUGGUGCCCAUGAGAGUGUUGAUGUUGUUAGGGGGUGGAUUGUUGGCAGUGUUUGGAAGCGAGGCGAUUGAGCUAGGAGGUGCCGGACCUUUGGCAGUGGUUGCAGCCGCCUUUAUUAGCUGCUAUUUCUGGCAGAAACAAGGCUGGGAAGUCGACGACAAUCCGGUGGCGACAGCGUUCGAGAUCUUCUGGAUGAUCUUCGAGCCGAUCCUGUUCGGCGUCACGGGCGCCCAAAUCAAGAUCGACGAAUUGGAGGGGAAGACGGUUUACCUGGGCAUAAGCUGCCUGCUUGCCGGCAUAGUGAUCCGCGUGGUCGCCACCAUCCUCGUGGGCGUUGGUUCCAACUUGAACCUGAAGGAGAAAAUAUUCAUCGCCUUGUCGUGGAUGGCUAAGGCCACGGUCCAAGCCGCCCUCGCGCCCACCGCUCUCGACAAGGUCGACCCCAACGAUCCUUUGCAGGUUUACUACGCCGAGACGGUGAUGACCAUAUGCGUUCUAUCCAUCCUGCUCACGGCCCCCGCCGGUGCAAUCAUGAUCACCCUCUCCGGGCCGAAACUUCUGACGAAGACCACGGCGCCCGUGGCGCCGCCCGAAGGUUGGAAGGCGCGCAGACCCUCGAUUCGAGACAUUUCCAUCAUCAACGAGGACCCGGACCUCGAGGAGACCGCAAACGAGAGGAAGCCUUGAGGCGUUCCCCCGUCGCCUGCCCUCUCGCCCCCUCCCCGCGUCCAAGAUACCAGUAAGAAGUAACGAACGGGAAUUUCCACCGAGAGAGAGGAUUUGCGUGUCGUUUCAUCCGUAUCCGAAUGUGUAUCCGUCGAUUUGUGGAUCGAGGAGGAGAGGAGGGAGUGGAUCGCUGCACUCGUUGAGUCGAGGUGAAGCGAUGCGUGAGAGCGCGUUGGGAGGACGGAAACAAACGCGCGAAUUCGAGUGAAUUUCUUCGAGGAGAAUUCUGAAUUCUUGGUAACUUCGUAGAGGUUUGAAGUUCGUAGGGUAGUUAUAGUUUUCUUUCGUGUGCGCGAGGGGACGAAACAAGAGUUACGUUGCUUCGUAAUGCGUGGAAUGUAAUAGAUUCCGUGAUUAAUGAUCAAUUUUCCUUCUGUUUUACGAUCUUAUAUUCUUUCUUCGAACGUAAUUCUCGUAAUCGUGGUUAAUUUCUUCUUUUUUUUAUUUGAUAAUAAAAUUAUCACAUCGAUCAGAGAGGAUACGUGUUCGAACGAAACGCCGGUUAAUAAUGUCUUAAUAACGGUUCCACGGUGGUGAGUUAUGCGUGGAAUACCUCGACCGGUAAUUGAACAAUUUAUCGACGCGCUUCGUUUUCGAGAUGAGAAACGUUGCGGAGGAGAGAUGGCUCGUUCGCUCUGCCUCUCGCAAAAGAUUCGGAUGAAAUAUAUAUUGCGUCGUUUCUCGGCCAAUUCGAAGAAGAUUAGAUCUGGUUAAAAGUUAAAAAAGUUUCGGGUUAUUCUUUUUCUUUUCUUUUGACACAACGAUCGAGUCAUUCCUGACACGGGAGAAUUGUAUCUUGCAUCGCGUAAUUUUGACGAGAUGAUUUAUCUAUCUUCUUAAUAUAUGUAAUAUACGAUCGACGAAUGUCGAAAUUAUAUAUAUAUAGAUAUAUGUGUGUAUAUAAAGAAGUAUGAGAGAGAAAGAGAAUUAAACAAAGACUGUCACGAUUUGAUAAGUUCUAUGAAGUUUCUCGACGUUCGAAGAAUUUUGUUGUUCGAUUAUGGGAAAAAGGAAAGAUCGAAUGUUCGUGAGAAUUAUUUCGUAAAAUAAUUAGUUGACAAGGUACGAUUUUUUUCUUUCUUUUCCAAUUUUAAGAUUUCUUUUGUGAAAGUGCCUUCUCUUGUGAAAAGAUGAUAAUAACGAUUCUGUCCAUACGUGUAAAAUCUUACUUGGAUUAAAAUUCUUGGGAAAAGGGAAAACUGAAACUUGUUGUAUUUCAAUUAUUUACGUUGAAACUUAAUCGAAGCAUUUUAAAAUUUAUGACACGAUGUAAAUAGAACUGGUGAUUCGAAAGAUCAAUUAUGUAAAAAAGAGAGGAGGGGAAAAAAAAAACAACGUAUAUAACACGUACAUUUUUGUAAAAAAAUUUAUAUUCUAAUUGUCGUUCGUAAUUUGUAAAUUUACAGGCGUGCGUUUGACGAGUUGUUGUGUGACGUGUCUACGUAUGUAUUCGUGCAUACGUAUACACCGUGUCCGUACAAUUAACCUUGAAUACGGGAGCAUGCGAAUGCAGUAGAGUCGGCAAAUUGAUUAAUCGAUCGGUUGAAACUUGAAGUAAACCGUAUUUGCGCGUAAAUUAAUCGAUUAAUUAAUUAGCUCGAGAACACUUCGGGAUUAAUUUGCUUUCAGCGCGGAAGUGGAUGACUGCGAGAGUAUUAAAAUUUCACUGUUACUCUAGAAACUCUAUUCGUUAUUAUUAUGUUGGUCAAUUAAAGACAAUCACUGUAGCUGCCAA